UGACCUGCGGCAACGUCUGAGCUCUGUUUCGUCUGGCUUGCUUUCGUUUGGAUUCAUUAGCUUGGGUAUCGCUCCGUACGCUCUAUUCAGUGGCACUUGUAACGACCGGGCCCCGUGGCUGAGCUGCGCACAACGGUAUACGACUUGCGACGACAAUUCUCUGCCAACGUCUUUUCAUAUUGAACGACCUGCAUAACCAUCGCGAUGGCCAAUCUACGGGAUGCACUUUGGGAGUCUGGAUACGAUGAGUCCGUAGAGGUCAACCAGCGAGCUCUCAUAGACAAGGUCCUUGCUCGCUACUCCGGAGAGUUCACCGUCUUCCGUGAACUGCUUCAGAACUCAGAUGACGCAAGCGCGACAGCCGUAGAGAUCCAUUUCGAGACGAAGGGGUAUGUUGAAAGGAAGAACGCGAAGGCGAACGGUUCCGAGGACCAGCAGGGUCUCCCGGAAGAGGAAGGCUUGCCUGACUUGAAGACUGCGAUGGUGCAUCAAUGGACAUUCAAGAACAAUGGUAUACCAUUCAGGGACGAGGAUUGGAGUAGACUGAAGAAGAUUGCCGAGGGAAACCCCGACGAGGAGAAGAUCGGUGCUUUCGGUGUCGGCUUCUACAGCUUGUUCUCGGUAACUGAAGAGCCGUGGGUCUUCUCUGGAGGCCAAUGGAUGAACUUCUAUUGGAAGGACAAGAAGGAUCAGCUCUUUGCUCGCCGAGGCGCGCGGAAGGAUGCUACCGACAACCCAUGGACCACCUUCCAGAUGGAGUUGCGCGAGCCCACGCCAAUACCCCAGCCCUUUGACUUUACGCGGUUCCUGGCUUCCUCGAUUACCUUCAUGCGGCAUCUGCUGGACGUCAGCGUCUUCUUGGACGACAAACGACUGUCGAGGCUUACCAAGUCCCCUGGCUUACCCAAGGCUCUCGCGCUGCCGAAGACCCUGAAGCCUUCCAGUCCUCUCAACACCAUGACUGUCAAUGCCAUACAAACUACCCCCCUCUCAAUCAAGGCAGAAGUGAUGCAAUGGGUGUACAUGGCAGGGACGGAGAAGCCACAGCCAAAGAAAGAGCCGCCGAAGCCUGCUACAGCAAGUGGGGGCGGAGGGUUCUUCUCCUCGCUCUUCUCUGGGUUCGGUAGUUCUGGGCAACCUUCUCGCGCAGUGACGCCCGCGCCCGCACCCCCGCCCGUUCCCAAAGUCAAUCCUAAGGCGAUCGUGGAGUCGAGCGUCGUGUUGUCGAUAUUCACCGCAGAUGUCGCGGUGAAGCUGGAUCAGAAGAUGAUUGCGGAGCUCAAUAGGUCCACCAAGAAGAACCCGCCUACGAGGAUGAAAUACGAGUUGAUCUACACUGGCAAGGAUGAGUAUGAUGCCAGUAAACGGGAGGAUGAGAAGCACGGCAAGGCUACUGGAAGUGUAUUCCAAGGGCUCCGCGCUGACAUCGAAGGGACAGGUCAAGCGAAGGUCUUCAUUGGCCAUUCUACGGGUCAAACCACUGGCCUGGGCGGCCAUAUGUCUGCUCGCUUCAUCCCGACGGUCGAGCGAGAAUCGAUCGAUUUGGUCGACCGCAACGUCGCUAUUUGGAACAAGGAACUCCUAUACAUCGGCGGCCUCCUUGCGCGAGCAGCAUACGAGAUUGAGAUGAGCCACAUACGACAAUUGUGGGACGAUGAGCUACAAACAGCACGGGCCAUCGCGCCUGACCGGGGCGUGGAUCCUGAGUUGCUUGCGCAACUGCGCGCCAGAGCGAUCCACGCUCUCAAAUUCUUCACUUUCCACCCUUCCACGCCAUCAGCUGUCGUCUCGGCCGCUCUGGAAGACGCUUUCUUCGCAUGUUCAGCGAGCAAGUCCUUGUUCACGGGCUCGAAGAUGCCCUUCCCGAUCAUGUCUACGACAGGCGUACGAGACGCGACGGAGGUCCGCUACCCCGAUCCUGCCUUCAGCGGCUUCGUGAAAGAGCUACCGGUCGUGCCAGAAGAGAUCCUCGAGCAAGCCAAGCCCAUGGUAGACACGCUCCGAUCCCGUGGUUUGCUGAAGGAUAUCACAUUUGUGGACGUCCUGGAGGAGCUCCGCAACAGGCCUCUUACCGAGCCGGAAAUGAUCACCUGCUUCAAGUGGUGGAUCGACAUGUACCAGACUAGCAGCGCGACGAACCUCGAGUACAUCCGCACACAGCUGCUCAACGCCGCCUUGCUCUUGACUGAGGGAAAGGACGGCAAGACGGGGCAGGUCAUCCCGCUGUCCGUCGUCGAGAGCUUCCUCAACAGCAGGAGCACUGGCUCGCUCAUCCCCACAGACGGCCCGCUCCCGCCACACCUCCUGCCCGUGGUGAUCUCGCGGCAUUUCGACCCCACGUCGCUUAUCACCGCUUUCGGCUGGCGCGAGCUCACCGUCGUCGAGUGGCUGCAGCACGUUGUCAGUCCCCCGGCGCCGCACGACCCCGAGCACGACGUGCACCUGUCCCCGCAGUGGGCGGAGCGCGUCCUGCAGGUCCUCACGCGCGCGAGUCAGUCGCUCUCGCGGGCGCGCCAGCAGGAGGUGGCGGAGAUCUUGAAGGAGCACGCGUGCAUCCCGACGUCGGCUGGGCUGAGGAAGCCGGAGGAGGCGUACUUCCAGAACGCGCAUGUGUUCCAUGACUUGCCGAUCGUGACGCUGCCGUCGGGCGCGGCUGUCAAGGGCCCGCUCGAGAAGUUCUUGCAAGCGGUGGGGGUGAGGAAGCAUGUGGACCUGCAGAUCGUGUUCAAUCGCAUGAUCAAGACCGGCGACUGGACUAUCGCCGAGCUGAUCAAGUAUCUGGUUGCCGUGCAGACGACGUUGACCCCCGUCGAGUUCGAGAGGCUGAAGAAUACGUCGGCAUUCCCGAGAGAACGCCGUGAGGGCGAGCAGUUGCCGGAGAACGGAAAACUGCCGAGGUACAAGGCGUCAGACUUGUACGAGCCGCUUGAUGUCUUCAGGGAGUUGAAGUUGCCUGUGAUCGACUGGGGGACUCAGCCAAAAUGGCGCGGCAACUCGGAGGAAGCCAAAUUCCUGUUCAAGCUUGGUCUUCGCAGGUACCCGCCUUUGCCAGAGCUGAUAGGUCUCGCUGCCAGCAAAGACGAGGUGAUCCGGACUGCGGCCCUCAAAUACUUCUUCGACAACUACACUACUCGUUACUCCGAUUACGAUCCAGAAAACUUCUCCAAUGUCGCCUUUGUUCCCACAAUGAAGGACAGCAGCAAGAUCCUUGCGCGGCCGCACGAAGUCGUCUCUUCACCGGAAUGGGCUUCUCUGGGUUUCAUGAUCGUCGACCCGUCUCUGAAGGGAGAAGCACUCAUACACCUGAAGAUACAAGAGAACCCGCCUACUAUCAAACUCGUCAAUCUACUGAGGACAAGUCCUCCGCCCACCGAGGAUAUAGCUAGGCAAUGGUUCAACACGCUUGCCAGUCGCGUUGUCGCAUUCACCCCCACUGAGCUGCGUGCGUUAUCCCAGUUCCCAUUCGUGCCUGUGAAGGGCGCAAAUGGUGCCAUACGCCACCUUCCUCCCGUACAGUGUUACUUCAAGGGCGACUCGAACGCCCAGUUCCAUUCCAAGCUGUUCACGUUCGUCGACUUUGGGACAACUGCCAAUACGUUCUUGAGUGCUUGCGGUGUCAAACAUGAGCCCUCGGUGGAGGAGAUCGCGAAGAUCCUCCUGGACAACCCUCGACAGUUCUACGAGCUUGCCGAGGGUCGUGAGCAUUAUCUGACGGAGCUCCGUAACAUCGCGGUGAACAGGCGUCUUGUGUCCUCUGGCACUAUGACGAGGAUGAAACGUUCGGCUGUUUUGCUAGGAUCCCGACGGGUCAGGAAGAACAAGCCAGUCGCUAGCAAGAAGCAGUUGGACGACUCUCCUGGAGAACUUGAAGAGGAAGAUUGGGACUACCAGUUUGACUUGUUGACGCCUGACAAGGUCGUAAUAGCGGAUGAGACCAACGCGUAUCAACUGUUUGGUGACACGAUCUUCUCCGCCCCCCAGGAGGACCUUCUCGAAGAAUUCUACGCCGAUUUGGGCUGCCGGAGGCUGAGUACCUUGGUUCGAGAGCAGUACCACACGAGCGGCGAGGUCAUUGGCUCGCGCAAAGCGGCCGAAACGCGCGCCCUCAUUCUGGAACGUCUCCCGCUGUUCUUACACGAGCACACCCAUACGAAGACGCGCGUGUCUUACUCUUGGCUCAAUAACGACAAGAACUUCGUCGUCAAGACCUUUGGAAAGCUCACGGUCACGAAGACGCUACAGUUUGACGCCAAGGUGGCCUCGAAGAGUCAGGAUGCUUCUGCAGUCGCGAGGCGAGUGGGUAGCAAUGGACCCAUUGAAUUGUGGUUGGCUGGCAAUGACCAGGUCGACAUGUAUGAGGUGUCAACGUCGAUGUGCCGCCUGCUCUUCACUUCGCCAAAAGUCAAUGAUGCCCUUCUGUUCAUGACCAUCUUGUCGACGGACCUCCGUGCAUUGCGGAGGAGAGGAUACAACGUUGACCGUAUCUUGCGACAGCAGAAAGCAGACAGGCUCGCUGCGGAGGAAGCCGCCAGAGCAAAGGCACGCGUUACAGUCGCUAGCCAAUCUGCCGCAAGCUCUUCCUCAGACACCUUGAUCUCCCAAGCCCCCAGACCCGAAGGAAAGCUCGGUGGAGCCUUGCCUCCCAAGGACGCGCUCAUCGACCAUAACGGGCCUGUUGUUCCUGAGAAGUCGACAUCGAAGCCUGCCCGCCCUUUGAGUCAGAUGCUGAACGUGUUCAAGAGAGGAAGGGGCGAUGACACUGCGUCAAUCGCUGGACCCAGCGAUGCCCCUGCUCUACCGCCUAAGGACGGCGCUGGUGGAGAACCUCAGAUGCCUCUGCUACCACCUCCACGGCCCGAUCGUCCGCGUACUCCCAAUCCUCAGGCAACGCCAAGGAGCUCCAUUGCAUCGAAUAUUGACCUUGCAAUCAGGGCUUGUAAGGAAGAGAGAAACGAGACGCUCAGGAACAGACAGCAGAUGCAAAUGGUCAAGGAAUCUCUCAACGAGGGAUACUGUGACAUCUCUGGACAUCCUACCGACAUGACUGUGGUCGGUGAAAUGGGCGGCAUCAAGAUCUACGUCGCUAAAGACGUUCCAGAUGCCCGGACAUUGUUGCAGCAGAAGAACGAGUCGCUGGCGCGUUUCAUCUACACCAUUCGGCCCCUCCAGGAAGUUUAUACACUGCCUCCGACGAGCUUGCAUAUCUUCUACGACCGGGCCGGGGAACUUAUCGCGUUCAACAGGAACGCAAGCUUGUUCCUGAAUCUGAGAUACUUUGAACAAUGGCACGACGCAGAAGUGCAGGCAGGCGAUAUGACGAACGCCUAUACAUCAUGGUACUUCACGCUAGCCCAUGAGAUCGCUCACAACCUUGUCUCUGCACACAACUCGGAGCACGAGUUUUAUUUCUCCUCAAUCUGCGAAGUUUAUCUGCCUGCUUUCAUGAAGCUUGUCUCGGGCAAGUAGACAAAGGACCUAGAAGGACGUUCUCAUGCAUUGUUCCCUGUAAUUUAUUCU